CAAUACAUUAUUGUGUGCUCUUUCAUGAUGAAGGCCAUGCAGGAUCAAGUAGUCCAAGAAGAACCAGGAUACCAGGAUGAUGAGGAGUCCUUUUUUCAGGAUAUUGACCUGCUGCAGAAGCAUGGAAUUAAUGUAGCAGAUAUUAAAAAGCUGAAGGCAGUUGGGAUUUGCACAAUCAAAGGAAUCCAGAUGACCACAAGAAGGGCACUGUGCAACGUGAAGGGGCUCUCAGAGGCCAAAGUGGACAAGAUUAAAGAAGCUGCAAACAAGCUUGUUGAACCAGGCUUCCUCACUGCCUUUGAGUACAGUGAAAAACGGAAGAUGGUAUUUCAUAUUUCCACUGGCAGCCAAGAAUUUGAUAAGCUUCUGGGUGGUGGAAUUGAAAGCAUGGCAAUCACUGAGGCCUUUGGAGAGUUCCGGACAGGCAAAACCCAGCUAUCUCACACUCUUUGUGUGACAGCUCAGCUCCCAGGACCAAGUGGCUACACAGGUGGAAAGACUAUCUUCAUUGAUACUGAAAACACUUUCCGACCAGACCGCCUGCGUGACAUUGCGGAUCGCUUCAAUGUGGACCACGAGGCAGUGCUUGACAACGUGCUGUAUGCACGUGCAUAUACCAGUGAGCAUCAGAUGGAAUUGCUUGACUAUGUAGCAGCCAAGUUCCAUGAGGAAGCUGGUAUCUUCAAGUUAUUGAUCAUUGACUCCAUAAUGGCACUUUUCCGUGUGGAUUUCAGUGGUCGCGGAGAGUUGGCCGAACGACAACAGAAACUGGCUCAGAUGUUGUCAAGGCUCCAAAAAAUAUCAGAAGAAUAUAAUGUGGCUGUGUUUGUGACCAACCAGAUGACUGCUGACCCAGGAGCAACUAUGACCUUUCAGGCAGACCCAAAAAAGCCCAUCGGGGGCCACAUCCUUGCUCAUGCUUCAACUACCAGGAUCAGUUUGAGGAAAGGGAGAGGGGAGCUACGUAUUGCAAAGAUCUACGACAGCCCUGAGAUGCCUGAAAAUGAAGCCACAUUUGCAAUAACUGCUGGAGGGAUUGGGGAUGCCAAAGAAUAGGUAAAAAAAUGAUGUAAAUGUACAGCUAAAAACCAGCUGGGCAGUUGGGAUGAAGAUUUGUGAAAGGUUGACAACUACCUGGCUGCAUUUGUAGCUUGUGGGAGAUAUUUAAGAUAUUUUGGGAGAAAAUAGGAUGGACUUUGUACAGUUCAGUUUUACUGAACUAAAAUUUUGGUCAUUUAGGAUUUUUGUUUUUCAAUGGAACUUUUAGCACACAAAGAUUUAAGCCAUUAGAUUGUGAAUUGUUCUUAGAAUCUUUUUCCUAUCUUUUGUAAAAAUCAAACCUGUCCUUUCACAUGGGAGUGAAUAUACUCUUUCUUAAUUUAUUUCAAAGAGAGUGUCUAAGUGGUAGAAUUUAACAGUGUGAAAUGCAACAGAACUCGAAUAAACUCAGUUAUAAAAUUGACAUAUAUAGAUGGAAAAGGCAGUGGGAGGAACAACAGCUCAAGAACUUGAUGGAUUUUCAUGUACUGUAGAGGAACAAGUAGUUUUAAGAAUACGUUUUUAAACAUUUUUAUCUUGACUAGAUAAUGUUCAUGUUUUUAUUUAGCAUUUUCUACUUUUUGGACAGAAAACCUGUUCUUAUUAAAGUUAAAAAUAAAGACUGUGAAUUAGAACAUAA